GGGGAGGGUUAGGCAGCUGUCCCUCGCUCGCUUGAUUGAUUGUUGUGGGGCAAGAUUUUAGAACUAAAAUUAGAAACCCAAUAUUUAUAAACGGAUUUAUGAAUAGUAGUAAUACUUGAAUACAAUGUAAAUGCACAUUGGAUGAAAUGCGCGUUUUACAUGCACUUUUAAUCCAGCAGCAUUUUAGGUUACCUGUGAAAGCGGUAGCUAAUGCGUCUCAAACGCCGCUGUAACUAUGGCGCUUCUGCUAACUUCACUGUUGUAAACUAACGUUUAAAACAACGACUCUUCAGUUGGUGUUGUGGCCAUGAAGGGGGUUGAUGCAUAUUACAUUUAGUACACGUUUGAGGCUGUUAUCGAGUAGAUUGCCAAAGAAAAUUAGCAAUUUAUUAGCUAGUAAGCUAACUAGCUAGAUAGUUGUUUUCGUAAAUAAACUAGCUAACGUUAGCUAUUUUGUCUAACGACCUUUUCUGAAGACGUAAACAUGGCUAUCAAUGUAGUUAAAGUUCUCUAAAAUUAAAUUGUUUUACUCGACAGCUUUCCUUCAUAUGAUUGAAAAUUAAUCCAAUAAUUGCUUGCUAUUGCUAACCAUCAAGAAGCUAGUUGGCUUUGUUGCAGCGAUAAAAGCAAGUCGGUUCAACAUGGUGGGUGAUUGCCAUCAGUUAUGAUCAUAGACAUUAAAACCAGGUUAUAGACAUGUAUGAUGUUCAUCGAUUCGCAACAUUGUCGUAUCCUUGCACAUGAACAUAAGUCAAAGACCUGCACAAAGCAGUACAUUUCGAAUGCACUCGUAUAAACUUGGUACAUUUGUUCCCCUUAUAGCCUUUGUUUCCUUAGCCUUUUAUAUGUAAAUAUACAUACAUGUUGUUUCAUUCUCGUUGAACGGAAGACGGUACAGUCAAAUAGGCAGCUGCAUUAUCGUGUAUGUUAUUGCACUACAGUCCGCCAACAUGAUGGCUGCCCAGUCGGUUUCCAUAGACCAGUACCUGGAGGGAGAGCAGCAGGUGGGUCAGAAGUCUGAGGCCACAAGGAUGGGUAUGCAGGGGGAGGAGCAGGCGGACGUUGAUUCUAAUCCGGAGCAGGCGUUCAGUGAGGAGGGUUUGGCUGCAGCAUCCAGUCCAGCCCUCACUGAGCCCCAGACCCCCAUGGAUGUAGAUAAGGCUUCCAUAUACCGGCAUCCCUUGUUCCCUCUCCUGGCCCUGCUCUUUGAGAAAUGUGAGCAGUCUACACAGGGCUCCGACUGUGUCACGUCAGCCAGCUUCGACGUGGACAUCGAGAACUUUGUCCGCAGCCAGGAGAAAGAGGGCAAAGCCUUCUUCAGCGAGGACCCUGAUCUCGACAAUCUGAUGGUGAAGGCCAUCCAGGUGCUGCGGAUCCACCUGCUGGAGCUGGAGAAGGUCAGCGACCUGUGUAAGGACUUCUGCAGCCGCUACAUCGCCUGCCUUAAGACCAAGAUGAACAGCGAGACGCUGCUGAGUGGAGAACCUGGCAGCCCCUACUCAUCUGGACAGGGCUUCUCUCCCACCAAGACCCAGACAUCCAACUCUUUCACAGGAACCCUCAGUCCCCAGGGGAUUGUGGUGCCAGCAUCGGCCCUGCAGCAAGGCAACGUAACCGUGACAACAGUCAACCCCACACAGGUUAUGGCAGGUAUGUCACCCUGGCAUACAACAACCACAGGUGGCACAGUCUACCAACCAGUCACAGUAAUCAACUCACAGGGCCAGGUGGUGUCACAGACCCUCUCCCCCCAGACCAUACGCAUCCAGAACACACAGCUCCAGCUGCAGCUCAACCAGGACCUGAGCUUCUUCAACCAGGACGACAGCUCACCCAAGAACAAGCGUGGCGUCCUUCCCAAACAUGCCACAAACAUAAUGCGCUCCUGGCUCUUCCAGCACAUCGGGCACCCCUACCCCACGGAGGAUGAAAAGAAGCAGAUCGCUACCCAAACUAACCUCAGCCUCCUCCAGGUCAACAACUGGUUCAUAAACGCGCGGCGGCGGAUCCUCCAGCCCAUGCUGGACGCCAGCUCCUCAGAGACACCCAAAACCAAGAAGAAACCGCCUCAGAACCGGCCGCUGCAGCGCUUCUGGCCUGACUCCAUCGCCACGGGGAUGACCCAACAACAGGUCCAGAUGCCAGAUGGAACCAUGGUGAUGAUGAGUAUGGAGGGUCUCCAGAGCCUGACAUCAGACGGGGCCACGCUGGCCGUUCAGCAGGUGAUGAUCGGCGGGCACAGCGAGGACGAAUCAGGAGACAGCGGGGACGAGGACGACGACAUGGCUGGGCUGGGCCUGGACAACAGCGACUCCCUGCAGUAGGAUACAUAGACGUACUGUACACACACAUACAGAAACACAAAUAGACAUACACACUCAAAAGCAAACUGUGGGCUCUGUUGAAAAUGUAAAUGGUUCAGACCUUCCACAACUGACACAUGAUGUAGGCAGGCUGACAAUGAAUAAUGCAGGCUGACAAUGAAUAAUGUGGGCUGACAAUGAAUUGCGACACACACUAGAACCAAAUCUGAGCCAUUUCUGAUGCUCUGCAAAAAAAUAGGAUUGCUCAGAUCAUGUAUGUACUGUAGAUAGACUGAUGUUGCAUUGCAAGUACACAAAUGCGCGCGCACGCACACUCUCAAAUCGGUUUACGCAGAGCACAACCACUGGACAUACGGGAUCACUCCUGAUGUCCCUUUUAAUGAAUGGAGUGUCUUGUGUGUGAGGAGUUUAAUUUCAGAAACCGUUUUUACUACGUAGUCUGUGUGUGUAGGCCAGUGUUUUCUGUAUAAUAUCAUUAUGUUCCAAAAGACAAAGAACGGAAGCGGCAAAAAAAAAAUCACGAAGUGUUUAAAAAACACACGCUGAAGCAAGUUUGUAAAUGUUGAAUGAUUUCUUAUUUUUCAUUUAAUCUCUUUUUGGAUGCCAACACUUUGAAGUUGUAUCUGUAAUGGUUUUGUUCACUUUGCAUGCCUGUGUUUGACUACAUGUGCCCACUCUGAUUAUAACUGGCUUACAGGCAGACCCAAAGGCCCAGCAGGGCCCAUGGGGAAAAACUAAGGAAAGAGGCUUAUUUUUAUAUACAAACAUGAGAAGUAUGUUUUUGUUUUGUUUGGUGUUCUCUUGUUUUGUUUGGAAUGUUUAUGCACAAAAGGUUGAUUAUUGAAGCUAGUGGCCCUGUUUUCCAGGGUCCAAUUAAGUUUUAUAAAUAUUGAUGAUAAAUGAGAGAGAAAAAAUGGAUGUCAAAUGGUUUUAAACACUAUCCGAAAAAGGCCUUAUUUACAGGUAGCUGCCAAAAUAAUGGAAACACUUAAGUAAAUGAGGGAUACAAAGUAUAUUUAAAGAAGGUGAUUCCACACAGGUGUUGUUCAGGAGUUAAUUAACACAUUAACAUCCCAUCAUGCUUAGGGUCAGGUAUAACAAAGCCCAGUUGCCCAUUAUUUUGGCUACCAUGGCUAGAAGAGGUCUCGGUGACUUUGAAAGAGGGGCCUCAAAGGAGCCCAGGUGGUUUUAAAGGGUGUGUGUCUCAGUUAGCAGAUCUCUACCAAAUUGAACACUUAUGGGAGAUUGUGGAGCAGUGCCUGAGAUGGCGUUUUCCACCACCAUCAACAAACACUAAAUUAUGGCAUUUCUGGUGGAAGAAUGGUGUUGCCUCCCCUCCCAACAGAGUUCCAGACGCUGAAUCAAUGCCAGCUGUUCUGCCGGCUCGUGGUGGCCCAACGCCCUAUUAAGUUGGCGUUUCCUUUAUUUUGGCAGUUACCGGUAUGUUCUUUUGUAAAGACAUAACUGUUGUCGAAAGCACAGAAAGCCUAACUAGCUGAAGCUACACUACCCUAUGUAUUUAUUUGGACAGUGACGCUAAAACUUUUACUUUGGCUCUACAGCCUUUUGGAUUUGAGCUCAAAUGUUUUAUGAGGCGACAGUACAGAAUGUCACCUUUUUUAUUUGAGGGUAUUUUCAUACAUAUCUCUUUUUUACAGUUUAGAAAUGAAUAAUAAUUAUUUGGAGAAAUUAACUUAUUGUAUAACAUUUGGUUAAAAUGUUGUAUUUGGUCCCAUAAUCCUGGCAUGCGAUAACUACAUCAGUCUUGUGACUAGAAACUUGUUGGAUGCAUUUGCAGUUUUUGUUUGUGUUUUCGGAUUAUGUUGUGCACAAUAGAAAUUAAUGUUGAAU